CUCACUCAAAAAAUGUAAUCUAAUAUUGGAAGCGCUCCCAUCCUUUUCUUCUUCCUGACCGUCUCCCACUCCGAUUCUUCCGAUCAAAACCAUUAAUCUCAAUUCCAAACCCUAAUGCCGAUCCUCUCCAUCCCCGCCCCAUCAUGACUCCGGCUGCCGGAAACCGCCGCCGCUUCUCCCACGCUAUUCCACCUUCUCGUCUUUCCUUCACCGCCCUACGCUGCCUCCGCCUCCGCCUUCGCUUACUUGUUUUCCUCCUCUUUCCUUCCCUAUACCUGCUCCUCUUAUCCUCCACUUCCUCCAUCGAUACCCACUCUUUCCUUAUCGAUUUCAUACCCGUCCUCGCAUUCUCCUCUGGUCUCCUCCUCCUACUUUGUCUCUUCCUCCCCUCUCUACGCGUCCUCCCUCGCCCGCCAACGCUCCCACUUCUGUGGUCCGUCGGAGGGGCUCGCACCGAUCGCCGUACCGGACUCGCCGUACAGGUAUACAGCAAUGGCGACGUCUACGAGGGCGAGCUCCGGUGGGGGAAGUGCCAUGGAAGUGGAGUUUACUACUAUUAUAAGAGUGGAAAGUACGAAGGGGAUUGGAUUGAUGCGAAGUAUGAUGGGCAUGGUGUCGAGACUUGGACUAAGGGGAGCAGAUACAAGGGGCAGUAUAGAAAGGGCCUUAGAAAUGGUUUCGGGGUCUAUCGGUUUUAUACUGGUGAUAUUUAUGCAGGAGAAUGGUUGAAUGGUCAGAGCCAUGGUUAUGGGGUGCACACUUGCGACGAUGGGAGCCGCUAUGUUGGUGAGUUCAAGUGGGGGAUCAAGCAUGGCUUAGGGCAGUAUCGGUUCAGGAAUGGGGACACCUAUGCGGGAGAAUAUUUUGCUGACAAGAUGCAUGGUUUUGGGGUCUACCAUUUUGCAAAUCGGCAAUGCUAUGAGGGAGCAUGGCACGAGGGAAAGAGACAAGGCUUAGGAAUGUACUCCUUCACAAAUGGCGAAUCACAGUCUGGUCACUGGGCAAAUGGCGUUCUGGAAAUUUCUAGCACUCGGAACCCCUUCCCUGGAACUUCAUUUGCCGUUAACCAUUCCAGAGUACUCAAUGCUGUUCAGGAAGCAAGGACAGCAGCAGAUAAGGCAUAUCAUGUGCCAAGGGUUGAUGAAAGAGUAAACAAAGCUGUUGCUGCUGCGAAUAAAGCAGCCAAUGCAGCUAGAAUUGCAGCUGCCAAAGCUGUCCAAACUGAGAAGAGAAUCCAUAGAGACGUUCUUGAUUUCCCCAUCCCAAUAGUAUGAUAGCCUUUUCACUUUCUUACUUUUGGAAGCCAUUCUGAAUUCGCAACUGCGGCAUUUUACACACAGGGAAUCCAAAAUAUGUAGAUCCCUGUGUACGAACUGCUCUUAGGCUUCAUUUGGGAUGGCUUUCUUACUCUUUUUAAAGCAGAUUUACUAAAAAGAUGCUUUAAGAAGUAAUAAAAAAGCUCUCCUAAACGAAAUCUUAGUUGAUGAAAAGAGUUGAGAAAGGAGAAUCUGGCGACGAACCACUCUACGAGUAUGUUGUUCUAGUCUUCACUCUCAUCUCAAGUAAAUAGCUUGUUUUUAAUGUGGAGUGUUAAUCUGUAUAGGAUCAAAAAAUUCUAUCAACGGGCUAUUGUUAGAAAUUUUUACUAGUCACUUCAGCAUCAAAGGCUGUUGUGAUAGCCUCAACAAUAAUAAUAUCAGUGCCAUCUUUUGUGCUAUAAGCUUGAUGAGGCUGCUGAGGGAUUCUUUCAAAAGCCCACUGAUAAGAAAUGUUUUCUGUAGGGGAUAGUUCCUGCUGGCCAUUUGUACUUUUAGGUAACGAGAUGGACAGAGAGAUUAUUUAGGACUAAAUGGGAUAUUAUCUUUGUUAUUUUCGGCAUAAUUCUUAUGAUAUUCUCUUAUGGCCGUUUUCUAUUA